AUGGCGAAAGGUACUCCUGCGAAGAAGAAGGGCGGAUCUAGAAAAAACACACCUGUUUCGACUCCCUCAAAGAAAAAAGUGGCUAAAAAACAGCAAGAUGAGGGCUUGAUACCUAAAAGUAGAAUUGUGCGCGCGGUGGAGGAGCUUCGCAAGUACACGACGCAAGCUGAGGGUGAACAGGCAUCCAAUAACCUGUUAGAGGACGACGAAGAGCUCUCUAAGCAGGUACAACUUAUUGUAGUCAACACUACGUCGUUCACGGGCAGCAGUAAGUCGUUCAAACCCAAGGUGCUGAAGGUGGAAAACUCGAUUUUCAAGCCCUGGAAAGAGGCCAGCGUGACUUCCGUCAAGGAUUUCAAACUGCUGGUGAUCCUAAGGGACCAGGACGUGGGCAAGGCUAGCGAAGAUGCGCUGUAUGACCAAUUGAACGAGAGCGGGAUCACCGUGGACGCAGUGAUCGGCGCCGGCGAGCUCAAGACCAAGUACAAGGCAUUCGAGAAAAGAAGAGCGUUUUUGCAAGAGUUCUCCCUAGUGCUAGCGGAUGACGCGGUGGUGAGUGCAUUACCCAAGUUACUGGGAGGUAAGGCCUACGAUAAGGUGAGCACAACGCCGGUACCCGUGCGCACGGGCAAGAAGGGCGAGUUUUCGCUCACCACGUUGGCCAACAGCAUCAAGAAAGUAUACCUGCAUUCGGUGCCCGUCAAGGCACCACGUGGUACCACGUUGAGCGCGCAUCUGGGCAGCUUGGAGUGGUUUUCCGCGGACGAAAUGGCCCACAACAUCGAGCAGAUCGCAACUCAACUUAUCAAGGAAUUCAAGAUCAGAUCUGUCUUUCUAAAGACCAACCAAUCACCCGUGCUACCUCUCUAUUACAACCAGGACGUGUUGAGCGAGCUAGCCAGCGCGAGCGCAAGCGCGGCAGCUGCUUCUGCCGACGGCAAGCCUUCGCACACUGUGCAGAUCGGCGAUGUCGAGGUCGAGUUGUCCAACUUCGACCGUGCGCUGAUGGAGAUCGCGAACCCUGACGAGCUCGACAAGGUGUUCGCGAACCGCGUGUCCAGGGCCAAGAGAACAGCCGAGCUGGACCAAGAACCCGCAUCUACCAAGAGGGCCAAGAACUGA